AUGGUGAACGUCGAAUGUGAUUUACAUAUGACCAGUGGGGAAGGAGAAGGUAGCUAUGCCAAGUACUCCAGGCGUCAGACAAUUGUUACAAAUGAAACUAAGCCAGUCAUCGAGAAAGCUACAAUAGAAGUGUACAAGGCUCUUCUCCCGAAAACCAUGGUCAUUGCAGACUUAGGUUGCUCUACAGGACCAAAUACAAUGCUCUUCAUGUCCAAUGUCAUCAACAUGAUAGCACACCACUGCAGUAAGUUGGAUGAACAUGAUCAUGUUGAACUUCAGUUCAUCCUUAACGACCUACCAGGCAAUGACUUCAACCAACUCUUUCGAUCACUCGAAAAUAUCAAAAACUCAACUACAACAGGUCACAAGGGAGAUUUACCUCCAUCAUAUUAUAUAUCCGGUUUGCCAAAAUCCUAUUACUCUAGACUUUUCCCACGACAAAGUGUUCAUCUUUUCCACUCCUCCUACAGUCUUCACUGGCUUUCCCAGGUGCCUGAGGGACUAGAGGCUAGUGGAAAAUCUCUCUUGAAUCAGGAUGUAUACAUCAGCUCCACCACAUCACCAUUAGUGGUGAAAUUAUUCCAAGAACAGUUCCAGAAGGACUUUUCCCUUUUCCUUCAGCUCCGCCAUGAAGAACUAGUAAAUGGAGGACGCAUGGUGUUAAUAUUUCUCGGAAGGAAGGAUGAGGAUGUAUAUAAAGGAGAUCUCAAUCAUAUGUAUGGAUUUGUCACAAAGGCGUUAGAAUCACUUGUUGGGAAGGGCCUGCUGAGCAAGGAAAAGUUGGAAUCCUUCAACCUACCUACCUAUGGGCCAUCAGUUGACAAAGUGAAGGAAAUUGUUACGAAAAGCCAUAUGUUCGACUUGGAUCACAUCAAACUCUUUGAGGCAAACUGGGAUCCUUACGACGAUUCAGAAGGUGAUGUUGUUCUUGACGGUGCCAACAGCAGCCUGAAUAUCAGUAAUCUCAUUAGGUCAGUCCUGGAGUCCUUGAUAGCAAGCCAUUUUGGAGGAAACAUACUCGAUGCGUUGUUUCAAGAGUUUAGGUCCCUUGUGGCCCAGCACCUUAAGAGGGAGAAGACAAAGUUUGCACUUAUCGUUAUGUCCUUGAAGAAAAUAUACUAG